UCCGCCGUUCGCAUCGCAGUUUAAUUCCUCGCACAAUAAUAUUAAACAAUUACGUAUUCAAAAAGUGAGAGAGCAAUAGGAAUAGCAACAAAAGCUUUGUGUUGAUGAAACAACUGCCGAAUUUAUGUGAAAUAUUUGACGAUAAAACGGGCCUAAAAUAAAGCAACGGUAACGAGCAUCUCUAGCACACAGCCCCAACUGUAUCUGUAUCUGUUGAGAGUGGCGAAAAACAUAGAAAAGAAAAACGGAAAAAACAAGUUUUAUGCGCUGGCAAUUCUUGGAAUUCAUUUAUUGUGAUUAAGCUGCUUGGCAUCUUCUCAGCAGAAGGAAUCGAGAAAACUGAAUUAUUUAUAAACUUCCAACUAUAAAACAACAGAUAUGCCAAAUAAAUUGUGAGACUCAACAAUGAAUAAUUCAACGUUAAAUCUACGAGCAAUAAACGCAGAAUAUAUCCUGUAAAAAUAGGAAAAAAACACAUUAUUAAUUUGAUAAAAAAUUAAUAAUAAUAAUAAUAAGUAGCUAAAUGGUGACUGACACAACCUGAUGCCAAUCGCAACUUUAUGAAAUUUACAAUUUAGUCAGAUACUCAUUAACGUCUAGGAAAUGGAUGAGUUGCAUGCCUCAAAUGUUCCACUCGUGGACAAAGAAAACGGCAGCUGCGCCGUCAUACUGCCCGCCCAGACAAUGUUAACAUCGACGUCAACGUCGACGACACCUCUCAAUGCCGUGCACUACAAAAGCAGCACAACAACAACAACAACGGCGGAAGGAGGAGCAGUUGCUGCGCCCCCAAUCUGCCAGCAAGGAUCAGGCGCUGAGCCUGUGGCCCCCCCAUUGAAUCAGCUGCAGGCGCUGCCCCUGCAGAAGACCAACGACUUGAAGCAAUGCAAUGCCGUCUAUGGCUCCCAGAACAACUUAUGCAAUGGCCGGAUCAACACGAACAGCCACAACAACUACGGGCUGGCGCCCAAAAUACAAAACAACAGCAACAGCCCGAACGGACAGAAGAAGGGCACCAUCUCGCUGUCGCAUCUGCCGCAGCGUCCGCCCGUGGACAUCGAGUUCUGUGAUAUCUCCUACUCGGUGGCCGAGGGACAUAUACGUGGUUUUAAGACCAUACUGAAGAGCGUUUCUGGCAAAUUUCGCAAUGGACAGAUAACGGCUAUAAUGGGACCCUCCGGAGCAGGGAAAAGCACACUGAUGAACAUCCUGGCUGGAUAUAAAACUUCUCAGCUGAGCGGCUCGGUGCUGAUCAACAGCAAGGAGAGAAAUCUUCGCCGGUUCCGUAAGCUCUCCUGUUACAUUAUGCAAGACGAUGUCCUGAUUGCCAACCUAACCGUGCGCGAGGCCAUGAUGGUGGCCGCCAAUCUAAAGCUUGGCAAGAACAUGAUCAAGUACGCCAAGUGCGUCGUUGUCGAGGAGAUACUCGAUACCAUUGGUCUAAAGGAAUCGGCCGACACGUUUACCUGUAAUUUGUCGGGCGGCCAGCGGAAACGUUUGUCCAUAGCCCUGGAGCUGGUCAACAAUCCGCCGGUCAUGUUCUUCGAUGAGCCAACCUCCGGCCUGGACAGCUCCACCUGCUUUCAGUUGAUUUCACUGCUGAAAUCGCUCGCGCGUGGAGGUCGCACCAUUGUCUGCACCAUCCACCAGCCGUCGGCGCGUCUCUUUGAGAAAUUCGAUCAUCUCUACCUCCUGGCCCAGGGUCAGUGCGUGUACGAAGGUCGCGUGCAUGGCCUGGUGCCGUACCUUUCAUCCCUCGGCUAUGAAUGCCCCUCGUACCACAAUCCCGCUGACUAUGUGCUCGAGGUCGCUUCCGGAGAGUACGGCGAGGCAGUGCCCAAGCUAGUCGAGGCCGUUAAAAGCGGCACGUGCAAGAAGUACAUGCACAAGGACUACGGGCUCAAUCUAGCCAACGCCAAGGGCAUAGCCAACGACAUUAUCAAGGGCAGUGGCAGCGGUUUGGACAAUAGCAACGCCAACACCAUGGCCGCAUCGACGGCUGUUGCGACGAUCCGACUGGAGGACGAGAAGUCGCCAAUUACACUAGAACCCAUAAGCUAUGCGGACGCAGACGAGCUAACGGAGCUGAAACCACCGAAGCUGGAGGCACAGCAGUCGCAGAACUCCGAAUGCAUGGCCACAACGAACGAGGACAGUUGCAGCUUCAGUUCGUCGAAAGGUGGCCAAAGCCAGAAUGCCGUAUCUGGCGGCACAAAUGCCGUAGUCGGUUGCAUGACCUCGUUGCUGGACUCGCACGAAAGUGUCGUCACGCUGCCCAACAAGACGGGCUUCCCCACCAGCGGCUGGACGCAGUUUUGGAUACUGUUGAAACGCUCGUUUCGGACAAUUAUGAGGGAUCGAAUGCUGACCCAUAUGCGGCUGGCCUCGCAUAUAAUUGUGGGUGCGAUCAUUGGGAUGAUCUACUAUGAUGUGGGCAACGAGGCCAGCAAGAUUAUGAGCAAUGCGGGCUGCAUCUUCUUUGUCUCCCUCUUCACCACGUUUACGGCCAUGAUGCCCACCAUUCUGACAUUUCCCACGGAGAUGUCCGUUUUUGUGCGGGAGCAUCUCAACUAUUGGUACUCACUCAAGGCGUUCUACUUUGCCAAGACCAUCGCCGACAUUCCCUUUCAGAUCGUCUUCUCCAGCGUUUUUGUACUGGUUGUCUACUAUCUGACCUCGCAGCCCAUGGAAUUGGAACGCAUCUCGAUGUUUGUGUUCAUCUGCGUGCUCAACUCUCUCGUGGCCCAGUCUCUGGGACUGCUCAUUGGUGCUGGCAUGAAUGUCGAGUCGGGUGUUUUUCUUGGACCCGUCACGACGAUACCAACUAUUCUGUUCUCGGGCUUCUUUGUCAACUUCGAUACUAUACCGGCCUAUUUACAGUGGGUCACAUAUGUUAGCUACGUGCGUUACGGCUUUGAGGGCGCCAUGGUCUCCAUUUACGGCAUGGAUCGCGCCAAAUUGCAUUGCAACGAGAUAUACUGUCAUCAUCGCGUUCCCAAGAAGUUCCUCGAGUGGAUGUCUAUGGAGGAUGCACGCUUCUGGGUCGAUGCCGUAGCUCUGAUAGGAAUCUUUUUUGCACUGCGUAUUAUUGCCUACUUUGUGCUCCGCUGGAAGCUGCAUAUGAUACGCUAAGGAGAAGGACUUUCCUUUCCAUCUAAUGUAAAUAGAGGACGCGCAAUUGGAGUUAUAUUAUAUUUCAAGUACUGUAGAUAGGCGUAGCUUAAUGGUGCUUCGAAUUUUCGUUUCACGUUUAUUUGCUGUAGAAUACUUUGUAUAACUUGAGGAUAUUAUCAUACACGGAUUGUAGCUGUUCCAGGUACGAAAUAUGUAGAUUACACUCACUCAAAUCGGAAUUCCCAUAAAGUUGUACAUUUAUAAAUAGGCAAGCCAUCCGGAUUAGGCACGUUCGACAGCGCCCAAUAUAGCCCCAUAAAGUAUAAAUCUUGUGACCAAGCAUAAGAGUCUGAACUUAAAUAGGUUGAAAAAAACAAGUAUAAACAAAUUUUAGACAAGUCGUCAAGUUUCUAUAUUGCUGUGUAUAUUUCGCCUUCCACCUUCUUCUUCUUCUGCUUUACUCAAUUAUUUUAACCUAAUAGAAAAGCCCAACGUUUUAUUGAUCGUUCCGUCCCUAUGUUGAAGGCAUUCGUAAAUCAAAUCCACCUUUUGACAACAUUUUAGCUUUUAACUUUAAUCCCUUUCACUAAAUUGUCUUUAGUCAGAGUUCAAGAAGAUGUGCAAACGGAUAAUAUAGAACGUGCUUAGAGCCCAAAUAAACAUAAUAUAGUAUGAACUUUGUGAUACAGAAAAGAACACUGCAAUUAAACAUCUAAAAUCUACAAAUAUGACGAAAAAUCGUAGAAACGGGAACGGAAUUCGAUUGUGUCCAGGCAAACUGGUGAUAUGAAGCAAUUAUUAUUAUUAUCACAAUUUUUACGAUUAAUCUUCAAUAAAAUCUUUUGUAAUUUAUAGACGCAUGUGUGAUCACACAUCAUCUUUUAAAUUAAGUAAAUGUUUAGUUUUAACGUGAAAUGUCGCCAAAAGAAAUGCAAUAUUAAUUUUACAUCUAAUUUGAGACCCAACCUAACGCUAUGGAAGAAAGGCCAGCAAUAGCCGAUAAAGCCAAAGACGACCUAUUCGACCGAUAAAUUGGGAAAGCGUUUUUGGAUUAUGUUGCCCCAUCAUUUAUACAUAAUUUGUGAUACAUGUAGAAAUAAAAAGCAAAUUUAAAUUAAUAUUAAACAGCAAGCUGUGGCCACAUAUUACGCAUCCUCUGAGGAGCAAAGUUUAUUAAUAUUGUAAUUGUCUAUUGGGCAAAACAGUUAAAUAACAAAUUAUGUGUAUGUAUAUUCUUAGUUGUUUAAUUGUAUAAUACGAAAACACACGCAUAUACAAAACACACAACAAUCCAGUAGAAUAUUUUUAAUAAAGAAACCAAAACUAUCAUAAUAUA